AUGAAGGACCAUAGCAUCGUGACUCCGUCGCAGGAGGACACAAGUGAAACUGAAAUGGACACUCCCCCGUCAAAGGCCGGGAAAAUUGCGAAAAAGAAAUUGCGACGCCUAACCAAAGAUGAUGGAUACUGUUCAUACACAAGUACGCCCAUAUCCUGCGACACAGCAGCCAUUGAACGUCUUAGCGGAAGCGGGAGUCACACCCAAGUCGUACUCGUCGGCAACAGUUUAUCGAACGCUGCCGGUCGCGAUGAACACAGUCCGACAGAAAGGAACUCAAUCCAUUCGAAAGAAGAUGGCGAUCGACCACAAUGGCAAUCGAAAGCGGACUUCUUGCUCUCGAUCAUAGGCUUCGCUGUAGAUUUAGCGAACGUAUGGAGAUUCCCAUAUUUGUGCUACAAAAACGGGGGAGGAGUGUUUCUUAUUCCUUAUACACUUAUGUUAUUGUUUGGCGCUCUACCGCUGUUCUACAUGGAACUCGUCAUCGGGCAAUAUAAUCGCUCAGGGCCCAUCAGCGUUUGGAACAUGUGUCCUCUGUUCAAAGGUGUCGGCUACUGUGCUGUUUUGAUAUCGUGGUACGUGUCGUUUUAUUACAAUGUCAUCAUUGGUUGGGCAAUCUACUUCGUCAUAUCAUCGUUCUCCUCGGAGCUCCCUUGGUCGACUUGUGGGAAUCCUUGGAAUACUCCGACUUGCUACUCGGGCGCGAAGGAGGCUGGCAUCGCCGCAGAAAACCGAACUUCGGCGGCGCUCGAAUUUUUCAAUCGAGGAGUUCUAGAACUGCACACGUCGAGUGGUAUGCAUGAUCUUGGUGUACCGAAGUGGCAGCUCGUGGUUUGCGUCUUCUUUGUCUUCUGUAUCCUGUACGUUGCUCUCUGUAAAGGUGUCAAUUCAUCGGGAAAGGUCGUUUGGUUUACCGCCACCGCUCCUUACGUCAUCCUUACCAUACUGCUCAUAAGGGGGGUUUUCUUGCCUGGAGCGGACGAAGGAGUUUUAUAUUACUUGAGACCAGACGUUUCGAAACUGUACGACAGCAAAGUUUGGGUCGACGCAGCGGUCCAGGUAUUUUUCUCGGUUGGGGUUGGAUUCGGCGUUCAUCUGACUUACGCAUCGUACAACCCAUUUACGAACAAUUGUUAUAAGGAUUGUCUUAUGACCGCUUGCGUGAACAGCGGUACAUCCUUCUAUUCUGGAUUCGUCAUAUUCGUCUACUUGGGCUACAUGGCGAAGAAGCAAGGCGUUCCUAUCGAUAAGGUCGCAACCGAAGGACAUGGACUCGUAUUCCAAGUGUAUCCCGAAGCUAUAUCGACUCUUCCCGGUGCUCCCUUCUGGUCGGUGCUAUUUUUCGUCAUGCUACUGACUCUUGGUCUCGACAGCGCUAUGGGAGGACUGGAAUCCGUCAUCACCGGGCUCAUGGACGAGUUUAAGUUUCGCAUUGGACGAUGGAAAAUUCCGAGGGAAUUGUUCACUGUGUUCGUCCUAUGCGCUUCGUUCUCAAUGUCGAUGAUCAACGUCACCAGGGGAGGUGGAUACAUGGUCACCUGGUUUGACACAUAUGCCGCGGGAAUAUCUUUGCUGUGCAGUGCGCUCUUCGAAGCUCUCGCCGUGUCCUGGGUCUAUGGACUCGAUCGCUUCUCAGGAGAUAUUCAACAAAUGCUCGGAAUCACUCCUGGGUUCUUCUGGCGGGGCUGCUGGAAAUUCGUGUCACCGCUCUUCCUGGUGAUCGUGAUCAUUUCCGCCAUCUUUGGAUCGGGUCCGGUCGAGUAUAAUGAUUACAUCUACCCACCCUGGACAGAAGCUAUCGGUUGGGCUUUCGCGCUAUCUUCGGUCGCUAUGAUUCCCAUAAUUGCGUCGUAUAAGCUCUACAACGCUAGAGGGUCUCUGAAGGAGAGGAUUCGUAUUACGACACAACCCAUCCGAGAUGAGAACCAUCCGGGGACGAUCCGAGAAAAACAGAGGAAUCCCGUGGUAGAAUUGUGA